UUUUUUAGUUCGCCUUUCAGAAGUGGAGAUUUGGGAGCCAAGCCUAAAAGUAAAACGGGUGGCCCAAGCUCCCCGAAAUCAUCCUCCGUAAAUCUUAUUCAACUCCGACCUUCUUCUCUUUCUUUUCUCACCUUCCCCCCCCAGGUCCAGCAUGCCCGACAAGCGAAGGCCAUCCGAGUCGGUAUCUGGCUCAUCGCCGCAUGCAAAACGCCCCCGCGCCUCCUACGCUGACUAUGACGAGGAGGACAUGCCACCCGCCGUGACUCCGUACGAGCGCCCGCGCAACCACCCGGUAUACGGACAGAAGAGCGCCUUUCCGGGGCUCGACACCGCCGGAGAUGAUGAAUUAUUCUACGGUCCCGCAGAAGACGGAUUGGAGUAUCUUCGCAUGGUCCGAUCCGAAGCCAACUCAUUACCUUUCCUUUUCAACGCUCCUAAGCCUACAAAGUCGACCGACGAACCAACGAUAACGAACGCCGAAACCGAAGAAAAACCAAGCGAGGGAAUCGUGGAAAAGAAAGAGACUAUCGUCGAGGGUGUUUACGUUGAUGGUGUCUAUGCCGCGUCCGCAUCGAUCACGACCGGUGCGACAGGUCACUUAGACAUCGCCCAGACGACAUACUCGGACGCGCAAGCUAGCUAUUACAAUCUUCUACGCCACCGAUUUCUUCUCCUUCGAUCCAUUCUGAAGUGCUCACCCCCGUCGACUGCGAUUGCCGCGCUGGACGAUACCCACCCGAUCAGCCUUCCGCGACACUCGAAGAGCGCGUGCAGGGAAUGGCGGCGUUUAUUGCUAGCAGUGGACCCUCAGACGGUGCAGCUGGCAUGUAUGGAUAUGGAUAGUGUCCUGGGAGUGCUGGGGAUCAUGGCGCGCCUGAUGUCCGAAAACGUACGCAGCGGUGAUGCAGAGCGCAUCCGACGGAUUGGGGCCUGGGCCUGGGGCUUGCUGAGCAGGUGUCGCGAUGUCGGACAACUGGGAACGGACGAAGUAGGCGAGAUUCGCGAGCUGGGAAAGCGCGCCGUAAAGAUUCUGCGGAAGAUGAAGGAGGAGGACGAGAAGAAUAAUCGAUCGGUCGCCGAGAGUGGAGGGGACGCAUCCGACGAUGAGUUUAACGAGGAUGACCAAGCAGACGAACAGGGCCAUGUGCAGGGAUCCGAGGACCAGCCUACAGCUGCCAGUGAUCCUUCAGCGGAGGCUCCUGAUCAGGACAUGCCCGAUGCGGAGGAAGGCCCAUCUACCGACGAACUAGAGCAGGCGAAAGCUCAACUUCAAGCGAAGAUACAAAGCAAUGAGGACGAACCGCAGGCGAUUGAGCCAGAGACAUCAGAACCAGAGCCAAGCGCCGAAGACCCUACCCUCGAAGCAUCCAUGCAGACUCGCGCUAUGCUGGACAUGAUCAUCACCGUGAUAGGCGAAUUUUACGGACAGCGAGAUUUGCUGGAGGCACGGGAGCUGUGGAUGGGGCCAUCGGGGGACGAGUUGGCAGAAUAGUUGUCAUAUCAUCGGAAAUUUCUUAUCUGUCUUGCUUGGAGCUUACGAGGCCAGAUUAGUUGAUAAUAUUGAUACCCUUUUCCGAAUAAUAAUUGUGAAUUUGCCUGGCGCGCCCCAGCUUCUGCAAUAUUUUAUAAAGCCAAUCGAGUGAUAAUUGCCUUGGACAAGUCCUAUGAGCCAAGGCUCAGGAAAAACAGAAAGUGAUGCCUGAUAAUCAUCUUUCUGCCUGGAGAUCUCUUGCGUCAUUGUUUGGGGAGCCUUAGCGCCUGGCUUAUCUUAUCGGCAUCAGUUGAGCCGGUCAC